AUGCUGCGCGGUUUGGGAGACGACGACUUCGCACAGCGCCCGCCCGCGUCGCGAUGCCAGGCCGACACUGUGGGACAGUCAAUUGACAUGCUGCCAGGAACCCACCGGUCCCACGUACGCGCCCACUCGAGCCCGAAACCCUUCGCGAACAAAGCAGACGUCCUCGGCGCCGACCCGCUGCCGCGUCCCUCCCCGCCGCUGGCGCAACAGCAGCAGCCACAUGCGAGCGCCUCUGCUGGUUCCGACACGACCACCAGCGCCCCCCUCUCCGAGUUGACGUCCUCGUCGUCCUCGCGGGACUCGAUCCCCACGCUGGACCCGGCUGCGGAGCUGCGCCGCGGUGAGACAACGCCUCAGAAGCAGGGCAAGAACACAAGACGCGCCAAAACACACAACAAGACGAACAAAUGGACUAGGAACGGAGCCGGGUCUUCGGAUAGCACAGGCUCUGAACGCAAGACGUCUGUGCCGCAGGCUCCCAGACACAACUCCCAGAGCGCUGCAUCGUCGCCUCAGAGCACGCGCUCGCUGCAGAGACAGCAGUCGCACACCCACGCCGCCCUUCACCAAGGACGCUCCAUGGCCACGACGUACGGGGGCCCGGCGGGAGACUCGCGGCGGGGAGUAGCCUCCCCCAGGCCCAAAGGUCGCGAAGCGAAGAACACCUUCUGCCGCAAUGUCACCAUAUACGGUCACUGCCGCUAUGAGAACACCUGUCCAUACAUUCACGAUUCUACCAAGCUAGGUCAGAACGAAAACAAAAUGAAGCGCUUCAACGUAGAUUCUCCAUCCUUCACACCGCUACAGGCCAGCACCAAUGGAAGCCUCACCCCCUCAUCCCGUGGCGCCGCCAUCUCUCCCAAAGCUGCCAGUGCCGCCAUAUUCACUCCCAAGUCGCAACGUUCAGCUGCAAGCACCCCCAGCCUGCAGACGAAGGAACCUGCGGUGGAAUGGCAUCCGCAGCAGCAAGACUUCACCGAGUUUGUCCCAGGCCAGACAUUUGAAAAUCAGAUGGUGGACCCCAACGCGCAGGCGCAGGCUUUAAGCUACGACCCUUUUACUGCAUCUUCCGCAAUAUCCGCCAUCACCAGCUCCGGCCACCAAACUAGCGCCAUCAAUCCGUAUGUCCAGGACCCUUCCCUUUCCGGCGCAUCAUAUUUCGGGAGCGCAAGUGGCUUUCAGUCAUCGCCCGCUUACCACCUGUAUUGGCCUGUCGGUCCUCAGCCAACGGGCUUGCUGGCCUACCAACGCACAGCACACGACUUCUUCAUUCCAGAUUCUGUGCGCGAGGAUCUACAAAAGAAGGCAGAGAUAUCCAGGCAAGUCGCGUCAAAUUCCUCGAUACCUCCUAUAGAGCAGUUCCAUUCUCUUUUCUGCUUGGACACGUCACCACAGAAGAAUCAGUCGAUUUUCGGCUACACAAAUUGGGUCUACAAGGCCGUCUCCAGUAAGGAUGGAAACAUGUACGCCUUGCGUCGCUUGGAGAAUUUUCGCCUCACCAACGAGACCGCCAUCCGUUCCGCUCAAGCUUGGAAACGGAUAUUGAAUGGCAGUGUGGUAACGAUCCAUGAAGCCUUUACGACGCGGGCAUUUGGAGAUAGCUCGCUUAUCUUUGUUACCGAUUAUCAUCCAAAUUCGAGAACGCUUGCGGAGGAACAUUUCAAACAGGUGCCGAUGCAGCGCUAUCACGGCAGGCAGGCGGCAACCUCACACGUGCCCGAGCAGGUUCUUUGGGGCUACCUUGUACAAAUUGCAUCCGCACUAAAGGCUAUUCAUGGUUCUGGUCUGGCUGCACGACUCAUAUCACCCUCAAAGAUUAUACUAACAUCCAAAAAUCGGAUACGACUAAACGCCUGUGGCAUUUUGGACGUUGUGCAACACGAGACUGCACGACCUCUUCCAGAAAUGCAAGCAGACGAUUUGCUUCAACUCGGUCGAUUGAUCCUUUGCAUUGCAAAUGGAAAUUUGUCUGCACAUUUGAACAUGCAGAAGUCUAUGGAAUACAUCACGCGGAGCUACACGGCCCGCUUGAAAGAGUGUAUUCAGUGGCUCAUCAGCCCGCAAACAAGCGCUAGUGCGCCUUCCUCACCCACAACGCCUGGGACCUCCCACAAGGAUAUUGAUACAUUCCUGGGCGGCAUUGCAGAUCAGAUGGCGACAGUCUUUGAUAGUGAGCUGCACGCACAGGAUACCUUGACCAAUACCCUCGCUCGCGAACUCGAAUCAUCGCGCAUUGCGCGUCUACUCAUCAAGCUGAACUUCGUCAACGAACGUCCGGAGCUUGACGCAUCACAACAUGUACCCGGCAGCACAGGACCGGCCGCCUCGUCCUCGUGGGCGGAGACCGGAGAGAGAUACUAUCUCAAGCUCUUCCGCGAUUAUGUUUUCCAUCAAGUCGAUGCGAACGGGCAUCCCGUUAUGAAUCUGGCGCAUGUGCUCGAUUGCUUGAACAAGCUAGAUGCUGGGACGGAAGAGAAGGUCAUGCUGAUCAGCCGCGACGAGCAAAAUGUGCUCAUAGUCAGCUACAGAGAGUUGAAGCGAGGACUUGAGUCCAGCUUUCAGGACUUGGUUCGAGCGGGCCGGCAGUCGGGGAAAUAG